AUGCCCGUCGCAGAUAAGAGCACCGACAACGACCUGUCCGAACGGGAACAUGACCGUGACAGAGAUAGAGAGCGCGAAAAGGGCCCCAAGUCAAAGGGCUCCUCAAAGCCCAAGGACCUCUCCCAUGUCCCGUGCAAAUUUUUCAGAGUCGGCUCCUGCACCGCCGGCUCUUCCUGUCCCUUCUCGCACUCCAUCCUCGAGCCAGGGCAGCAGAAGGAUGUCUGUGCCUGGUUCGUAAAGGGAAAUUGCAAGUUCGGCCACAAAUGUGCUCUCGCUCAUAUCCUCCCCGGCCAGAGCAUGGCCAUGGAUCGUAAGAACAAGAAGGCUGCCCAGGCGGCUGCUAACUCGUCAGGUACCGCCGCCCGCGAGGGAGGUGCAAAACCUACAAAGCCUCAGAAACUCUCCCAGAACGGCACUUCCACCGCCCCCGGCGCUAACGGCCAACGUAAUUCCCUUCUCUCAGGCUCGACCGCACCGACGCGUAUCCUCCAGGGUUCCACCGCCCGUCCACCCAUUCCCAUGUCAUUAAAAUCGGCCGUCUCCCCUUCUGCACCCGCCCCUCCCCUCAAGGAUACGGACUUCGCCUCCUUUGGCCUUCCUGACGAAACAAAUAAACUUCCCUCCGCUCCUGCCUCACGCAAGUCCACUAUUCAGUCUCCCAUCAUCGAAAAGCAACCUCCCCUUGCCGCCGAAGACUCACCUCACGGUGAAAAGGGCUUGGAAGACGAAUCUGGCAGCACGUCGAAAUCAUCACCUUCGCCCUUGCCCUUCAGCAUGCCUUCUGCACCACGUCGAAACCACGGACCAUCCAACUCCGUCGAUUUGGGUCCCAUCGGCUCCCCUUCACGCUCUGUGUCGUCCCUUAGUCACCCUCCGCUUGAAGGCCUCUCUCCUGGCACAUCUCCCGCACAGAAUCCUACGUAUCUUUCCACUUCUCCGUUCUCCGCACCUGGAACACAGACUUUGUUCUUUGGCGGCGAGUCUUCUGAGGACUUCAGAGCUCGCUCGGGUUUGGCAGCGUCUCUCGGUGCCGUGCGUACGUGGCGGACAGAUCUCGGGCAUAUGCAUCCCAGCAACCGUAAUAGGCAAGAAUCACUAGCUGGAGAGAUCGUGGUCGAAGAUGAGGAUCUGGAGGAUUUCAUUCCCGGCUCGCUGACGGAUCUGCUGACGCCGGAGGAACGGUCGAGAAGGUAUUCCCGAACGAACGCGACGAACCCCGUGGCUUCGGGAGGCUUGACCCCAAACAGAGAUGGCUGGGGCGCCGGAGCGCGUCCGAGCGUUGAAACGCACCAUCACCGGUACUCGCGCUCUGUCCCUGCUCCCUCCCUCCUCGGCGACAUCAAGUCAAUUUGGGCGGACAACGGCCAGGUGCCGGUCGGGUCGCCGCGGGGCGCCGACCUCAGUGUGAACGGGGGCGGACUGGGCAGUGGAACUCCCAGCUCAUUCAAGUCCAACUCUGGCUUCGGUGGCCGCUCUCUCGCAGACGACCACAUCUCCAGCUUCCUCUCCCCCUCCAACGCGUCUGCCGCGUUCCUGCCCGGCCUGCACCACCACUACCUCAACUCCAAGAGCUCACUGCAGCGCCCGUCCGUGGGCAGCCUGCGCCCGGGCGCGUACACGCCCACGAACGCGCCCGCGGGCGGGAACGCUGCCAAUCUACUCGCGCGUUUGAACGAACCCCUCUCGUCCCACACUGGCGGGCAGCGCCAGCAGUUUGACGGCGCGCAGCCCGAGUCGUUCGGCGGACAGCCUUUCCAGCUGGGCAGGCCCAUACCUGGAGGCAGCGAGUUCGCGCAGAACGCGGAGCGCAAGGCUCUCUCCCCGUCCGCCCGCGCGCUUCAAUCGCACGCGCCAGGCCAGAGUCUUCCACAGGGCCUCGCUGCAGGCUACUCGCGCAUCCACGCUUUGCCCCCACCCCCACUCAUAUCCUCCCCGUCCAACUCAGGCACCUUCGCCUCUCCACAGGCCGCCGCCUUCGCUCCAGGCACCAGCAUCCCAGGCACCGGGAAUGCCUUCAGCGAUUGGCUUGGUAUGUCCCCUGGGAACUCCAACAUUUCGGAGCACCUCCGUAGCAGUGGUCAACAAGGACCUCCCCCUGGACUCGAGGGAAUGCUUCCGAGGAUUCCCUAUUCGAACCCCAUGCCGCCGCGGACGCCGCUAUCACAGGGUUCCCCCGCAACGCCUGCUGCGCCUUCUGGCCCAACGACACGCACGCCGAGCGGCCGGGGAUGGGCCCACGUUGGUACUCCUCUCAGUCCGCUUAGUAGACCAGUCCUCACGGGAGACGACGACGAUCUGUUCAGCAUGGACGGGGAACCAUAA